GUUAAAAAAUCCUCCGAAGCUGUAAACAAUUUUUGGAUAUUGAUUGAUAAAGAAUACUUUAAAAAUGAAAUUGAGAAUAUACAGUUAAACUAUGCCAAAUGCAUGUUGAAUGAUUGCAAUAAUGAAAAGCAUCAUAUAUGUAGUAUAUCAACUAAUAAUGCAAUAAAAACAUUAAAAAAUGCGUUAGAAGGUGAUAAUAAUGCAAUAAAAACAUUAAAACAUGCAUUAGAAGGUGGUAAAAAUAAUAAGAGAAAAAAGAAAAUGUCUGCAAGUGGAGAAGAAGAAAGAGCACAUUGCUCAGACACUAGUUAUACUAUACCACUAUCACAAGAAUCAGAAUCAUUUAACAAUAGUUAUACUACACCGUCACCACAUGGUUAUACUACACCCUCAGUAUUAAACAAUUCGCCGGCAGAACCUCUAAUACUCGUCAAUCGUAUCAAUAAUCUAUUUAUAGUAGAAAACAAAGUAGAUGAUAUCUUUAUAAUAGAUGAUGUCGAUGAUCUAUGUUUUAUAGGUGGAAACUCAGCUGAUGAUUAUAAGAUAAAAGAGACCAAUGUGUCUAAUUUGUUCUGGAAGUAUCAGAAUAGUUCUAUAAAUAUUGCAAAAAUAGAAGGUUUAUUUGUUAAAUCGAAUGUCUAUGAGAUACUUUCACUUUCUUCAAUUUUCUUACUUAUUCCCGAUUCACACUCAAAAAAAAUGAUUGAUAUAUUCGCACAGCAAACUGUAUUGGAUUUAGAGUGUGAAGCAAAAUUCAGGAAUGCAAUAAAGCGAGCAACAAAAGAAUCGUUUAGUCAUGCUACGAAUUGGUUGAUGGCAGAACUUUCCAAUAAUAAACCCUUGAAGGAUAAUAUGAGAUUUAUAAUCCUAGACUAUAUAAAAUCAUUACUUUUUACGAAGAUUAAAAACAAUUCAAGCGAAAUGACAUUUAUAGCAAACUAUUUGGAUCUCAUAAUAAGGGGGAUGUUGCAUGACCCUAAUAGGCACAUUAUUGAGUGGCUAAAUACUGGUCUUGACGAAAGCAAGACAAGGAAAUUAGAAGGAAGAUCAAAACAACCAGAUUUCAUAGUGUCUGCGAUUCAUCAACUACAAAUAUGUGGUGUUAUAUUUAUUUUCAUGAAAGAUUGUUUGGACUCAUGUAUGGAAAAGGAUGCAGACUUGAAGGUUUUAGGUUUUCAAUGUGUUAUGCAUAUUCCUUCUUCAAUCAAAGAGAUGAAUUUAUUUGUUAAUGAGAUAGAAACUCUUUUAAGAGUGUGA